UAAUGAUUUUUUAAUGUGUCUCUACAGUUUUGGUUUGAUCCGUUAAUGAAAGUUAGUCACUUCCUGUUUGAGACACUUUCAAAAUAAAACUUUUUUUUUUUCUUUUUGAUCUUUUCCAUUUUACACUAUUUUGUCUUCUCACUCUUAAUUUGUUUUACAUGUUUGAUAAAUGUGACAAAAAUAUGACAAAAGUAACUUGUAAUUUAAAGACCUCCAGACCUUUUUAUGGAUUCAUGUUGACAUUUAUCGUUUUAAGAUUAAAUCAGCCUUUUGUGUGUUUUUGAAAUGGUGUCUGAACAGGGAACAUAAACUCAACUUUUAACCCACAAUGCACUAUUGUCAAUGAAAGGAAAAUGGGAGUAAAACAAACUGUAAAGCAUGGUGGUGGGGGUAUAGGUAUAUGGGGUUAUAUUUGGACACCUUGGAAUUAAUGAAAGACAUCAUAAAAUCGUCAUAGAGCUUAAGUAGUUUGCUGAAAAAAACCUCAGAUUUCACUGCACAUUGUGGGAUUAAUAAAGGUUUUUUUAAAUUGUGCUUUAUUUAAAGUUACAGAGAAGAGGUCUUCAAGUUUUGAUGAUGGGAAAAAAAUGUAUUUUUUUAAGUGAAUAAAUGAAGAAAACGCUGAAAAUAAUUUUGGCAGUUGUUGAAAUGUAAUAUUUCAGCAAACUCCAUCAGGCCCUCGAGGCCUUAAUUUCACAACAUAUUUAAUUUAGUUUAUGUCAGUAAAAUCUAGAUUUUAUUUCAUAGAAAUGAAUAAGAUUUAGAUUUAUUUAUAAGUUUAUGAGAUUUACACUAUAUAUUAAGAAAGUACACAUUAUUGUGGUGUUUCUGUUAACCCUGGGGUCCAGAUGACCCCACUUUUAAGGUAGUAUGAGGGUUACCCUGUUGUGUUUGAUGCUUUUUACCAGGAAUCUUUCAAAAGGAGCUGGUGGCUCUGCUGCCAUCUAGUGGUUGAAAUUAACAUUGAUCAUAAGCCUAACUUAUUACCAUCGCAAAACGAACAUGUAAAAUCAACUGCAUUUCAAAAAGUUGAUUUUUAAAUUGUUUUCACAUUUUUUGAGUAAUAUUUUAAACUUUUAAACCAGAUUUUUCAAUGGUUUAAUUGUGAUGCAGAAUUUGUUGGCAUUUUAGAAAAAAGUGAUUAUCUGACGCUGAUGUUUUUUUUAUUUAAGCAUCAAAUUUAAUUCACUGAGGACAUAACAGCAAGUCGAAACAACCAAAAAAAUAACUCAAAAUUAAACGUUUGAUAUAACUAGAAACCAGAAGCACUAAACAUGAAAGUAGAACAACAGUUCAUGUCCAGAAAAUGUGUAUAAACCACUAUAGGGAAAAACUUCUCUGGAAUAAAAGCAGUUUAUUGAACUUUAAACGUUGGCGCUGCAGGAGAGUUAAUAAUCAGAGUGGGUGGUGCAUUCACGGACAUUAUGUUAAAAGCAAAACUGUUUCAGGCAUGACCUUAUUUUCUCUGACCCCAGUAAAUGACAUUUUUAUUUAAUUAUUUAAAACCUUUGAUACCAAGCUUACGUGAUGACUAAUCUAAACACAAACUUUAAAGAAGUUGUAAAAAGAAGUAGAUGAGGUCUGCUUUAUUCAUUUUAUUUUAAUGCAUCAGGUUGUAGGAGUUGGUAUCUAUUUACAAGUGGUGCCUAUUUUCAACCCCGUUUGUUUUUUCUGUUUUUUUAACUUUAAUUCUAACUUGACUGAUUAGCUGACUAUUUUUUUUUAAGUUUCUCAUCGGUCUGACUAAAGAAUAAAGUUGGUGUUUGCAGAAUGCUCACAUACAUUUUAAUAAAUCCAGUAAACUUCCAGAAAAAAAAAAAAAAAAAAAACGUUACAGCCCAAUUUUAAGGAUUUCUUUCACAAAUGUAGAAUAUUUGUAAGACAGAGUAGAAAAAUCGUAGUUUCUAUAAAAAUAAUGGAUGUUUAUUUUUCCCCUUUUCCCCUAUUUAACACAAAUAAAACAUGUUAAAAAUCACAAAUGGAACUUGUACUUAUUCAAUAACUGUUAGACAAACAGGAAGUUUCUUUGAGCCCGCGUGGAUCCGUUAAUGCAGGAAGUGCAAAGUGUUCAUUGAUACAACACAAUUUAGUUUACAAACUCCAAAUUUCUUUGUUAUCUGCACAAAUCAGACAUUAUUUAACGUAUUUUCGGGACUAUAGAGCUCUCCUGUAUAUAAACUGAUCCGCUCUAUUAAAAAAUAAAUAAGAAUACAAGCCGCACCGCUGGGCUACAAGCCUCAGAAACAUCCACAGAAUAGUCGCUCCUUUGGAUGAAGUGAAUGGUUAAAAAUCUAGUUAAAAAAAAAAAGUAGCGGCUUAUAGUCCAGAAAAUACACACAUUAAAAAGCAGGUAAAACAUUUUAUCUUUCUCAACAUUUGAUUAACAUUUUACUUUUAUAACCUCUCUGACAUUUUUUUUAAAUUAUAAAGGUUAUUUUUGUUCCUUACUGUACGUAAUUUUGAUUUAUUUAUGUUUUUAGGGACAGCACACAUUAAAAGGAUAACUACAAAGUGUCAAGAUGAGCGUAGAGGUCAAUUUUUAAAAAGAUGUUUCAAAUGUCAACCUAAAACAUUAAACCAAAAAUGAAAAGCACCAUAAACAUACACUGAAACACAGACGUAAAAUAAUUAAAGUAUAUACACAAAUUCAUGAAACGUACACAGUGUGAGUCAAUAAAAUUAAGGUUCAAAUAAAACAAUGGUGACAAGUUUGUUGUGUUAAAUCUUCUGGAACGUAAGGCAGCAAAUAAACGUGAAUCUGAUGACGUAGAAUCUAAUAUUUUAUGGGUUGACGUGACUUUGGUUCCUUCAGUUUUUUUAUCAUCAAUGUUCUUCUGCAAAUGUGUCUAGGCUGCAAGUUUGGCGUGAAAAUGAUUCUUUGAUUGUUUGAAAUCUGAUUUCACAGUACUUUGUCUGUCAGACGGAUGUGCCUGUCUUCAGAAAUACAGACCAGAAGAACAGGUCACCGUCGGGUCGACUUCUCAUCCUCAAACCCGACUUGUGGACUGAAGUUCUGAAGUGUCGCCUCGGCUGGGUCAAACUGGAGCUUUUGAAGCGGCUUGUGUGAGGAGCGGCGGGAGGGGGUGUUACUUUUCUUUGCCAUGCCCAAGGCUGUUCAUUAUCAACAAGAAGGAAGCCUGGUGGCGCCGCCUCCGCGCUGUGCGUAAAGGCGCAUUAAGAAGCGGCGCAGCAGAUAAUCCGGACAGGAGGAGGCAGCCUCCUGACACAGUCUGAUGGGCAGCGGACGCGUCCUUUGAGUUCCAACUUUAUUCAUGAGGACGGAGCCGCAGUGAGGCUGGAUGGACGGGAUGUCACCGCAGCAGCAGCAGCAGCAGGACGGCCUGAGCCGCGGCGGAGGCGGCGGAGGAGGGCAGGAAAACCGGCGGCAAAUGAGGUUUCAGAGUUACAGGCGUCAGUCUGCUCCGUCGAUGGUGAUCUCCAAGGCUCUCACCAGGUCCAAGACUAUCUCCAGGGAGAGCUUCCUGGUACCGGUUUGCCCGGAGACCUGUCCACUGGUCCAGUCCUUGCUGGCCGGCUCCGACAGGUCGUUCCUCCUGCACGGGCAGGCCCAGCUCAAGACGGGCAUGCAGACCCAGGACCGACACCUCUUCCUGUUCACCGACAUCCUGGUGAUCGCCAAAGCUAAGUCAGCUAACCACUUCAAGCAGAAGCUGCAGGUGUGCGUGUGCGAGAUGUGGACGGCGGGCUGCAUGGACGAGGUGUGUGAAGGGAGCACCCACCCGGACAGGGGCUUCGUCAUGGGCUGGCCCACCUGGAACUGCGCCGCCAUGUUUAGCUCAGCAGAACUUAAGGAGAAGUGGCUCUCCGUCCUCAAGAGUCGGAUAAAGGAGGAGAAAGAAAAGGAGGAGCCCAAAACCAUCCCUCUGAGGGUCUACGGGAAAGGCAUCAACACCUUUGCUUUUACCAAGACGCUGCCGGUCAGCAACUCGGAUUCGACCAACGAGGUGAUCCGGCUGGCCCUGCAGCAGUUCGGCAUCAUCGGAAACGUCAAAGACUUCCAGCUGUGGGUCAUCUCCAAACGGGACAACACGCCGUACCCUCUGAUUGGUCAUGAGUUCCCCUUCAGCAUCCACAUGAGCCAUGUGAGGAGGUCUGAGGCGCAGGGAGGAGGCAGGGACGGGGACCCGCAGGCGGAGCAGCUGAGCGGGUACCACCAGUGUCAGUUCGUUCUGAAGCCGCGGCCUGCCGAGCCGCCGCCGCAGCACGCAGACUUCUCCCAGAAGCCCUUCAAAAGGAGGCGCUCGCUCAUCGCCUGGGCGUUCUGGCGAGGAUCCUCGUCUCACCUGAACGAGUUGCCGCUGGCGCCUCGAGGACGGCUGUUCGGCCGGCCGCUCGACUCCGUCUGCACGGAGGGCGAGCUGCCCAAACCGAUCAUGGACAUGUUGGUCUUCCUGUACCACGAAGGCUCCUGGACUCGGGGGAUCUUCCGGCGCUCAGCUGGGGCUCGGGCCAUCCGAGAGCUGCGGGACUCCCUGGACGGCGGGGAGGCGGAGCUUCCUCUCUCCCGGGACCACGUCUUCAUCAUCGCCGGGGUCUUCAAGGAUUUCCUGCGCAGCAUCCCUGGCAGCUUGUUAGGCUGCGAGCUCUACGAGGAGUGGAUGGAUGCGCUGGAGGAAGAGGAGGAUGAAGGGGAGCGAGUCCAAGACGUACAGAGAAUGAUCCAUCGAAUGACCAAAGAGAACGCCCUGCUGCUGCGCUACCUGCUAGCCAUGCUGCACGCUGUCCAGAGCCACGCCCACGAGAACCAGAUGACCAGUUUCAACCUGUCGGUGUGCAUCGCCCCCAGCCUGCUCUGGCCCCCCGGAGAUCCGUGCAGCAGCGAGCUGGAGGGGGAGGGGGCUAAGAAGGUUUGCGAGCUGGUCAAGUUCAUGAUCGAGCGCUGUCAGCAGAUCCUCGGGGAGGAGCCGGCCUCGCUGUUCGGGGGGCCGCCACAGAGACGCAGCGAGGACGAGAGCGGGUCAGAGUCGUGGGUCUACCCGCUGACGGACUCCUCCUACGACAGUCUGGAGAACGAGCUGGAGGAGGGCAGCCCGGGGUCGCCGUCCUUCAGCAGGCGUGGCGUCCGGCCCAAGCCGCUGCAGGGCAGCCUGGACUCCAUCCUCACGUUCAGCGACCAGGAGGCCGACCUGGACGUGCACCUCACUAGGAGCGACCGCUUGCGCUGCGUCAAGCUGCGUUCUGGCGAGAGACGGCGGAGGGCGGAGCUGCCCCGCCCCCAGGGGGACGGGUCGCCUGAGGGCGUCUCCUCCUCGCUGGACUCCUUGUCUCUGGAGGGCAGGCACAAUCUGCGGCGCCGCUCGGAGCCGGCUAUUGCAUACAACGCUAGGCUCCGCCCCCAUGUGUCCGGCAGCGCAGACGGUCUAACAGGUGACGAGGAGGAGGAGCUCUCCAGCAGCCACGCCCCACACCGGAGCAGGAGGAAGGACUCGGAGGUCAACAGAAAGCCGGCUCGCCUGGAGGCCAGCUCCUCCAGUCUGUCCUCCACCCCCGCCUCCCCUUCGCUCGAUUCUCUGGACUCGCUCGGCGGAGACCCAACCGGGUCCACCAGGACCCCACAACCCCCCACCGUCCCACUGAGAGGAGUUACUCCGAAAGACUCGGCGCCCAAAGAGCCGCUCAGCUGGGGGGGUCUGAAGGGCUGCAUGGGCCUCCACCCAAACUGCUGGUUGAAGAAGGACAGAAGGCUGUCGCUGACUCAGCAGGACGGCUUGGAGGUGGAGCCAGAGGAGCGGCCGGGUCAGAAGCAGAACCUGAGCGGACCCACGGGAGGAGCCAAACUGAACGCCGGCGGUCAAGCUAAACCCAAACCGGCCAGCAGGGGUCCAGCAGAACGAUCGAAGACGAACCAAAAGCCGGACGGCUCCAGCCCCCCCGCCCUCCAGCUUCCCAAACCCAGCUGGCUCCAGAUUUCGGAGUCCUCGUCUGCCGUUCUGAUCAGCGACGCGAACCGCGGAGACGGCGCCCCCACCGCCAAGCUGCCGUCUCCAUCUUUGUUCUACAAGCAGAGCGGCCCGUCUCUGUCCCUCUUCCGCCGACACAAGACUCACUCCGUGGAGGAGCCCAACGAGCGGCUGUACCAGCGCCGGGGGUCCGAGCCGGGGAGGCAGGUGGUGGAGCGGACCUUCACGCGGGCGCGGCUGCCCAGCGACCCGGGCCUGAAGGUGACCGAGGUGGAUGCGCAGGAAGGGGGGUCCGAGCCCCGGUUCUGCCUCUCGCCCGGCGCCACCAAAGCCGUGAGGGACUACUUCUCCGGUCACCCGCGCAGCAACCCCAAAAGCAGCCAGCAGGUGGCGCUGGCGCUGGUGGAGAGCCGCAGAGAGUGGGUGAAGAGAUGCAGCGAUCCUUCGGUGGAACCGGAUUUGGAGCAGCUGCUGUUCGCGGAAGAGUCAUACGUGUGACAAACGUCCAUUAUUACAGUCAAAACUCCGUUUUUACUUCAUUUCAUUUCAUCUCGACGUGCAGGAUUUACUGGGAUUAUUUUAGGAAAAUAAGUUUCGGCUAAUGCUUAGAGCUUUUCGCCUUUGAAGAUAACAAAUCCUGGUGAAAAAAGCUGCCAAUUUCAGAUGUAACCUGUUGUUGCCUUCUUUUAUAAAUAAGCAGAAUUUAUCUUGGACCACCUGAGAUUAUUUAAACUCUUUACUGUGAAGAAAAGGAACUCUUAAACCAUGCUAGGAACCGCGCCGCUUUUAUUUUGACACUUCCUGUUGUCCGCCUGACUUCAAUUUAAUCUAGUUUUCACGAGGAAAUGUAAAUAUUUGUGCUUGUUUUUGCUGCCAACGACGCAGCUUCCUCUUCCAUUUUUUUGCCAACCUUUCAAAAUAAAAGUUUUCAUUUUUUGUUCCCGCCAAAACUUCGGAUUGAAAUGGAACAGUUGACACUCCCAUUAAAAAGGUGGACUUUUUUUAUUUAUUAUGUUUUUACAGAUGUGCUCCAGCUAUGUACAAUCAUGGCAGAAAUGUGUGAUCAUACAGAUGUGUCAAAAAA